GGGUUCAACUCUCCUCUGGGCACCUUGCUCUUCCCUUGUCUUGCCUCAGCACCUCACGCCUCCUCUCACUACAUCCACAAAAUGUCCUUCGCCGGAAGAUGGGAAACUGAAUCUCAGGAGGGAUAUGCGGAGUUCUGCAAGCUGCUUGGCAUCCCCGACGACGUCAUUGAGAGGGGCCGUGACUACAAGCUGAUCACAGAGAUCACACAGGAUGGAAACACCUUCACCUGGACACAGCUGUACCCCGCCAACCACAAGGUCACCAACACCUUCACCGUUGGCCAGGAGACUGACAUGGAGACCAUCGGAGGGAAGAAGUUCAAGGCCACAGUCAUCAUGGAUGGAGGCAAGCUGACGGCUACCUUUCCCAACUACCACCACACCUCAGAGAUCGCUGGAGGCAAGCUUGUUGAGACUUCCAAAGCCGGGUCUGUAGUGCUGAAGAGAACCAGCAAGAAGAUCUAACUUUGACCUCCUGUAGUUAAUAUCAAUAAACUGUGCUUAAAAUACCAACUGAA